GACAGCACGCGCACGUUCUCGGACCAAUUGAGUGGCACGGUGUGAUCACGUGACAUCUUCUUUCACUUUUCUGUGAAAUCUGCUGUCACCUGCUGUGGAAAUGGUUGUGCUGAAAGGAAUACCGUCAAUACUUACACCUGAAUUGUUGUAUGCCCUGGCUAAAAUGGGGCACGGAGACGAACUGGUUCUUGCAGAUGCAAAUUUUCCUGUCUCCUCCAUUUGUAAAUGUGGUCCCAUAGAGAUACGAGCUGAUGGGCUGCGAAUUCCAGAGCUAUUGCAAGCAAUAUUGAAGCUCUUUCCUCUUGAUUCCUAUGUUAAAUGUCCGGCAGCUGUAAUGGAUCUAGUGGAUAGUGACAGGCAGCAGGGUCUUGUAGUUCCAGUGUGGUCCUUCUACUCUGCACUUCUCAAACAAGUGGGAUCAGAUGGGACUUUUGAUGCAGUUGAAAGGUUCGCUUUUUAUGAGCGUGCAAAGAAAGCUUUUGCUGUUGUAGCAACAGGGUACAGUAUAAUUCUCAGCUGCCAUGAAUCUUCACAGUUGUGUUUAAUUAUACCUUGGUAUUAUAAAACUUUCUUUUCUUUCCAACAGGGAGACUGCUCUAUAUGGAAACAUCAUUAUCAAGAAAGGAGUCCUUCGUCCUGAAGAGCUUUGCUGAAGAAUGCUAAAACAUUCUUGUGACUACAGUUAACUAUUUAAAAAAACCUUUUUAAGAAUACAAUUUUGUAAGAAUAAUAAAAAAAAAGAAUAAAAAGACUUUAGCUUUGCUUUUGAGACACUGACUUUGUAGAAACCUCUGGAAAGGUUCUACAAUUAUGGAUCGACAAAGACUUCGUUUCCCCAAACUAAGAGCUAGUGUUGUUCAGGCAGUUUGCCUGAAAAAACUUUUCCUUUUGGUUUUGGUGCUACUGCUAAAGUGAAAAUAUUUUGUGGAAUUACAAAUCAUCAUGUGCACAAAACAUAUGCCUUUUAAAUUGUUUAUAAAUGAAUUUGAAAUAAAACACAUUACUGUGCGUAUAA